UUAAUGAAGAUUGAGUUUGAUAUAAUUAUUUUACAGAAAAGCAAAUGAUACUGACGACUUUUUGAAUUGCUUUAUCUGAAGUUAGAAAUUGGAACUGUGCGAAUGCUGCAUGCAUACUGAAAAGCCUGUCAGUGAAAUGACUAAAACUUGUUUAAGAUAGAAUAUGUUCACAAUUUGAAUUGAAAUGAUGUAAAUAGUCAAGGUAGUUAGUAAACUUGUAGAAAAUGGUGGACGCUUCGGGCGAUAUCGUUCAAACGCAGUCUUGUGGAACAAACGAUGAGUAUGCAGAUCCAAGCGACCCUUAUUCAAUUGACGAAUUGCUGAGUGCUUUCGCCCAAAUAGAUUCCCCUCUUUUGGACUUGUCCUAUUACAAACUAACAAAAGUGCCGGCCCAGUUAUUAUCGCUGUCACACAUUGAAUAUCUCUAUUUGUGCAACAAUCAGUUGAAGAUGUUGCCGGAUAAUUUUUUCGCUUGCUUGCCGAAUCUGAAAUGGCUAGAUAUGCGAUAUAAUCGAAUCACAGCUAUCCCGAAGAGCAUAGCAACUGCUAGAAAACUGGUUUCUCUUUUACUGGGCAAUAAUUGUUUGCAGUUCCUUCCUGUAGAAAUGGGUUCCCUAAAGACUCUACAGUCGCUGAACCUAGGGGGAAACUCCCUUCAGUUCCCUCCGCCGCACGUGAUCGAGAGGGGGAUGGGGGCUAUUGUGAAGUGUUUGAAACAAACUGAAGCCAUUUUGGCCCAGAGUGAAUUGGACUUGGAUUCACUGUCCGUCUCAGACCCGAACACAACUACACAGAUACUCGAAGAGAUGACUCAGCUUCACUUCCACAGUAUCCUUUCGGACUCUUCCGACGACGAAACAGUCGGUGGAAUGAAAAGCAGCCAGCGAGGUUCGAAUCUCGGCCACUCCAUGACCGGAGGAAUGGUCAGAGGCGGUUUUUACGCGAAUACUUCGAGUUACUCGGCAGCCACAGGAACCAAAAUUCACAGCAAUGGUGCUAAUUUGCAACAGCAACAUAAUUUCAACCGCUCUCAUAGUCUGAAACAAAGAAACAGACGCCCGAGUGACGAGUGGGCAGAGUUGGACGAGUUGAGGCCCCGAUCUGCCUCCCUUCAGAAGAGGAAGGACUUCGCUGACCUCAAGAAGGAAAAAAACAGCAGGAUAGAAAAAGCAGGCGCAUCUGGAAGAUUGGACACAGCUUCGAGAAUGGCCAAGGAGGUACAGGAUGCAAAACUGAGGGAGUUUAACAACAAAAUCGCUACAGAGGAACAGAAAAUGAAGGACAAAAUGCAAUUAGAUGGGUGGCGUCAAGACUUGCGAGAUGUUCAGAGACGCAACUACUACAAGCCAAAAGAACCUCCCUCCCAAAUGCUCUCAAGAACCGAGAAUUCUCCCUAUGCAGUGGAAAAGAAACACUUGAAGUUCAAGAACAGAAGAAACAUGUAUAAGGAAGACGACUCGAAUAAAACAGCUGCCAUGAAGAACAUGAUCUCGGAGGAGGCGAAGAAGGAGAUCGAACUAGCCAGAGCAGCCAGAGAUGCGGACCUGGAAAAGAGGAUCAAACUACACACUCUCAACAUCCAGAGGGCGGCUGCAGACAGGAAGAGAGGCCGACGAUCCAAUACCUUCAGUCGCCCCAACUCAGCUAAUAAUGUAUCGCUUACGAUUGAAGAGGCAAAACGCGAUCUGGAUAAGGCUCUACAGCUUCAGCGAGAAUUACACACCAGACAAACUGACCUAUCAAACUAUAUAUAAGUAUAACGAACUCAUGGUUUUUUUGUAAAUUAUUGAUUUGUGUACAUAUUACCUUGUUCAAAGUGUAGCUUAUGUACAAUAUUUAAGAAUUAAGGGAGCCUUUCAAAAAUUCACGUGUUUGAAGUGUUUGUAUCGGUAGCAAUG